GAGGAGUCGGGUUGUGUUUCAUCUCACCGCUGCAGGCCGAGCCCGGCCGAGGGUACCCGAGAGGGGCCGAGGCCCGCGCAGUAGCCGUACUGAGUAGAGGCUGCCCGACGCGCCCCACCCGGCACCAGGCGGAGCCAGAGAUGCUGUCCAGGGCCGAGCGGCCCCGCCCGGGCCCCCGACCGCCUCCGGUGUCUCUCUUCCCGCCGCCGCCGUCGCUGCUGCUGCUGCUGCUGGCGAUGCUGAGCGCCCUGGUGUGCGGCCGCGUCCCCCGUUCGGUGCCCAGAACCUCGCUGCCCAUCUCCGAGGCUGACUCCUAUCUCACCCGGUUUGCGGCCCCUCAUACGUACAAUUACUCUGCUCUCCUCGUGGAUCCUGCUUCUCACACACUUUACGUCGGUGCACGGGACAGCAUCUUCGCUUUAACCCUGCCCUUCUCUGGGGAAAAACCCCGAAGGAUCGACUGGGUGGUGCCCGAGACUCACAGACAGAACUGUAGAAAGAAAGGCAAGAAAGAGGACGAAUGUCACAAUUUUAUCCAGAUUCUCGCCAUUGCCAAUGCCUCUCACCUCCUCACGUGUGGCACCUUCGCUUUUGAUCCGAAGUGCGGGGUUAUUGAUGUGUCCAGUUUCCAGCAGGUUGAAAGACUUGAGAGUGGCCGGGGGAAAUGUCCUUUUGAGCCAGCUCAACGGUCAGCAGCUGUAAUGGCUGGGGGCGUCCUCUACACUGCCACUGUGAAAAACUUCCUGGGGACAGAGCCGAUUAUCUCCCGAGCUGUGGGUCGAGCUGAGGACUGGAUUCGAACAGAGACCUUGUCAUCCUGGCUUAAUGCCCCAGCCUUUGUCGCAGCUAUGGUCCUGAGCCCGGCUGAGUGGGGGGAUGAAGAUGGAGACGAUGAGAUCUUCUUUUUCUUCACGGAGACCUCCCGAGUCUUGGACUCCUAUGAGCGCAUCAAGGUCCCACGAGUGGCCCGUGUGUGUGCGGGGGACCUUGGGGGCCGGAAGACCCUUCAGCAGAGAUGGACGACAUUUCUAAAGGCUGACCUGCUGUGUCCAGGGCCCGAGCAUGGAAGGGCCUCAGGGGUUCUGCAGGAUAUGACAGAGCUUCAACCUCGGCCUGGCGCGGGGACCCCCAUCUUUUAUGGCAUCUUUUCCUCCCAGUGGGAAGGAGCCGCCAUCUCUGCUGUGUGUGCCUUCCGACCCCAAGACAUCCGGGCAGUGCUGAAUGGUCCCUUUAGAGAGCUAAAACAUGACUGCAACAGGGGACUACCUGUCAUGGACAACGAGGUGCCCCAGCCCAGACCUGGAGAGUGCAUCACCAACAACAUGAAGUUCCAGCAGUUUGGAUCCUCACUCUCCCUGCCAGACCGUGUGCUCACCUUUAUCAGAGACCACCCGCUCAUGGACAGGCCCGUGUUUCCGGCUGAUGGCCGCCCCCUGCUGGUUACUACGGAUACAGCCUAUCUCAGAGUUGUGGCUCACCGGGUGACCAGCCUCUCAGGGAAAGAAUAUGAUGUGCUCUACCUGGGGACAGAGGAUGGACACCUCCACCGGGCUGUGCACAUCGGAGCUCAGCUCAGUGUCCUGGAGGAUCUGGCCUUGUUCCCGGAACCACAGCCGGUUGAGAGCAUGAAAUUGUACCAUGAUUGGCUCCUGGUGGGCUCCCAUACUGAGGUGACACAAGUGAACACCAGCAACUGUGGCCGUCUCCAGAGCUGCUCAGAGUGUAUCCUGGCCCAGGAUCCUGUGUGUGCCUGGAGCUUCCGGCUCGAUGCUUGUGUGGCCCAUGCAGGCGAGCACCGUGGGAUGGUUCAAGACAUAGAGUCAGCAGAUGUCUCUUCUUUGUGUCCAAAAGAACCUGGAGAACAUCCGGUAGUGUUUGAAGUUCCAGUGGCUACCGUGGGCCACGUGGUCCUGCCGUGCUCCCCCAGUUCUGCCUGGGCAUCCUGUGUGUGGCACCAGCCCAGUGGAGUGACUUCGCUCACCCCCCGGAGGGAUGGACUAGAGGUGGUGGUGACUCCAGGGGCCAUGGGGGCUUAUGCUUGCGAGUGUCAGGAGGGUGGAGCCGCCCGUGUGGUGGCUGCUUAUAGCUUGGUGUGGGGCAGCCAGAGGGGGCCCUCAAACCGGGCCCACACUGUUGUGGGGGCUGGGCUGGUUGGCUUUUUCCUGGGUGUUCUAGCAGCAUCACUCACUCUCCUCCUGAUUGGUCGCCGUCAGCAGAGGCGGCGACAGCGGGAGCUUUUAGCUAGAGACAAGGUGGGCUUAGAUCUGGGGGCUCCACCUUCUGGGACCACAAGCUAUAGCCAAGACCCUCCCUCUCCUUCGCCUGAAGAUGAACGGCUGCCUCUGGCCCUGGGUAAGCGGGGCAGUGGUUUUGGUGGCUUCCCUCCACCCUUCCUGCUGGAUUCUUGCCCGAGCCCAGCCCACAUCCGGCUCACUGGGGCUCCUCUGGCCACGUGCGAUGAGACGUCUAUCUAAAGCCAGGAAAAUGACUGCCAGCCAUGAGCAAUCUCUGGAACUAGCGGCUACGAAGACCAGGGUCACUGAACCUGGGAGACGAUCAUGGCUGCUCCAUUCUCUUGGAGUCUGUGUGAUCACACGUCAAUGUCUGUCCUCUGGACCUGGAUGAGCUGAGGGCCAGACCUUUGCCCGAUCCCUGAUUCUCAUGAGAGAUCAACCCUGUAACCCUCUGCUAUGGCCUCUUGUCUUGGGCCCAUCAGCUUGUGGGGUGGAGCAAGGAGACAGGCUCUGAUUUGCUUAUAGUGGCCCCGGAAAGAGGGAGCAGUGCCGGGGUGGUUGGAGCGCGUGUGCCCUGCAUCCGGGUGGUGCCUGUGUGAUGAUUUUCCAGUUUGCUGACUCUGGGGAGCGCAUGAUCCCCGGACUGCCUUGAGAUCUCUCCCAACUCAGUUUCCCUUUGUCCCUUGAAGAGUGUGUGUCUAUACACUGGUGUGCCUCGAAGACCUGUCCAGGUGUGUGUGUAUGACAGGGCCGGUGCCUAGGUGCUUUUGGGGGGUCAGAGAGGAAGGUUGGAACGGGGGACAACUUUACCCUCGGUAGCCAGUGAGGGAAACCACACGACCCCAUCACCCCACAGCGCUUCUUCAACUUUGAGCAAAGUUCCCAAAGUGACCUUCUGGUGGGAAGGGCAUCAGGACUCGUGGCCCCGUCCUUCUCCUCGUCUUUCUCCUCUGGCUGCCACCACUGCCGUGCCACCGCUGCUUUUUCCCUGGCUGGAGUGGAGGCUGAGGCCUCUUUCCUUGGCUUCCAUUUAAAAUGAACUUCACAACAUUCUAGAUAUCGGGGGAUAACGAAAGGAACCCAGAAAAGUGUGUAGGAAAUUACAAGCAGGUUCAAGAAGAUUUGCCUCAGUGACUUUCACCCUUGCCCUAAAGCAGGAGUCCCCUAGCAGGACUCCCUGAAAUUGUAUGCAAAGAAGUGUCUGUCCGUGUGUGUCGUGUGUGUGUGUGUGUGUGUGUGUGUGUGUGUGUGUGUGUGUGUGUGAUGGCUUUCAUCAGAUUCUCAAGGCCUUAAUGAGGUUAAAGGACCACGGUCCAUAGUCACCACACUUGGGCCACAUAAAUGGAGGAGGCGUUGCUGUGAGGCAGUUCCUCCCUGGCCUGCUGCCUGAGGCCAGUCCCUGGACACACUGCUGCUGGAGACCCCACCUCUCUCCAGUCCUCCUCGGAAGCUAGUGAAGCUAGGCUCUGCACGUGCUUGAAGACACCAUCGCCUCCUUUCUUGCUUCGUUAUUCCUGUGUGCGCUGCAUCUGCUCCGUCCUGCUCUUGGCCUGUGAAUGUGCCUCGUCCAUCCCUGGUGAGGGACCUCGAACCCAGGUGAGGAUGCAGCCCUUUCCAGUUGAAGUUUCUGUCCUACUUUCCUUGACAGCAGCCUGUGAACUACUCAAGAGUCCCCUUGGGUUUGGAGUUACCAGUGGCUUUGAGUAGGAUCUUUGGCACGUAGUCUAACCUAGGGACAUUGGUUAUUCAUCUGUAAAGUGGGGAUAUACCUACCUCAGGGUUGCUGCAAGGAUCAAACGAGGAAAUGUAUGAACAAUAAAGCAUUACCCAGA